GGUGCCAAAAGAUGUAUGCUGCUGUCCGCGAUGGCUUUUGCGGUUGGCCGAAGAGUCAAGCAGAAUCGACAGCUCCGCUAUCGGCAAAUGGCUGAUCAAUCGCCUCUCGGCAUCGACCACAGGCCAUCGGCGAGCAGAGCUGACACAUCUGACUCGUCUCCAGAGGUUUUUGAGGCCUCUGCUGAUCUCUCAACUGUUUCAACAGCUUCCAAACAUGCGAUGUUGGUCGUCGAUCGUGACUCGUCAAGGAUGCCAAUGGCUUUUGCUCCUCGCUUCUGCUGCGUGUACUUCAUACGCUUGGCCCGAUCUGCCAGACACUCGUAGCCGCUGCCUUGCAUUCGAGGAUUGUGUCGUCACUUGUGUCUCGCAGGAUGGCGCCAUCCAGUCUGUCGGAGGAGCACAGCGAGAGACGUUCUUGCUUCGAUAUCGAGCGUCGGCGGCUUGGAAGAAGUUUGGCUGCGAUCCGAUCGUGCUCUCGCCGGCACUCGAAUGUAAUAUCGAUAGCGAGCCAUCGAGUCCAGCAGAGCAAAGAUUUCGAUUGAAGGGCGAGUGGUCGAUGGCGUUUAGAGAUCAGGGACCCUUUGCGCCCACUCUGGAGGCUUGCUGUAUUGUCGAGCGACACUUCACAAUCGAUCUGAAUGCGUUGAGCGGAGAGUGGUCGACCGUCGGCCAACGUAUCCAGAUGCGCUGUCCUCGGCCUGGACUAGUCGAGCACUUCGACACAUGCUUGCGGACGUAUGGAAGCAGCUCAUUCUUGCAUACUUGCGAGAUCUUUGAGGACACCUGCAUGUUCUAUCUCUUUCCGGUCAGCUACGGCAAAUGCUCAAGACCCGGUGAUGGAGAUGAGUUCGAGAUUAAGGAAUGACAAGACAAGCGUGGUCGCAGCUGAAGAAUUGCAUCGAUUCAUCAAAACGCCCCGUCGCCGUGAGUGGCAACCUCCUCCCUAUGCUGACGCCCUCGUGUCAAGCAUCUCCUGAGCUCUUCCCUGGUUGCCAAAUCUCUCACGCGAUCCGAAUCACUCGGUCGGUCGACCCUUGCUCCAUUCGCAUCCACUGCCACCAGACAGACAUGCUCAUAAUUGUCCUGAUCUUGUCCCUCUUUUGGGCCCGCUCGGUCGUUUCUGG